AUGCAGUUGGUCACUCUUAUUCCACGCCCAACCAUCCACUUAAUCCCUUACAUGGCAGCCGCUCAGGGUCUAUGUCUUGGAAUGGAGGAAGGAAUUAAUCUGAAAAUUGUGGACAUAUCUGGUACCGAUAGGGUACAAGAGGACAUCACUGUGUCCAUAAGUGCUGGUGGCACUUUCCGGGCACUGAUGCAUUCAACAUCGCAGGAGACCAGCAUGGCAACAGACACACAGACAGUUGAGUCAAGUACCAACAAGAUUAAGAAACAUGAACUGAAAAUAAUUGGAAAUGAUUUAGUAGCAGAAGAUCCAUAUGGGAAGGGCAACGUGGAAGUCCAGAAGCCAAGCAUCAUUCCAAGUCAAGACAGCAUGGACAUAGAAGAGUCAAGUGUAAUAAAGAAUACAAAUAACAGUGGAGAUGGUGACCUUAGUGAAACACUUGAUAGACCACAAAAUCUGAUCAUAAUACAGAGACUAGAAGAUGAGGCUAAUAAUGAAGUAUCAGUGAGUCUCAUGUCUUCUACAAAGAACACAGAACAGCUUGACAUUGAACAAAGUCCAAUCAGCAAGGCCUUACAGGAAGUGACUCAAUGCCUAAUUAUUGAUAACCAACAUUUGGAGAGAAACACAGACAAACCUAUCACAAAUCAUACACAGAACAACCAAACUGAUAGUAAAGAGAGAGAUCCAGAAACCUGUUUUUACAAACAAGCCAAUCAAGAAAUAGUACCAGUGAUGGCCUCUAAUAACAAUAGUAUUCCUGGGACAAGAAUCCAGGAGGGGGCAGUAUCUAAUGUACAGAUGCUUUCCUGUCAGUCCAACUCAUGUUCUGUACCUGGGGUGUGCAGCAUCUGCCAGUCAGUCCUCACCCAGUCACCUCAAACCAUCAUCCUGCCCCCUGAUGUCUCAGGAACUUCUUAUCCUGUUAAUUUUGUGGAUCGCAUUAUUCAUGGAUCAAACAAUCCUCAACUUAUUCAAGGUUGUAUUGUUGCUAGUUCUGAGGGCAGGAAUUCUCAGAUCACUCAGUACGUGAUCUUGGAGGAACCAGAGAAUGUUCAAACUCGUUACCCUGUGACUAUUAGUCCAACUGAUGCUAAUAAGGCUUACACACCUCAAUCAGCUGAUGGCCCUGUGGCAGCCACUGACUUGGAUGCAUUGGAGGGUAUGAUGGAAGUGGUAGUUGUCCAUCAGUACAAGUGCAAGAUGUGCCCAUACAAGAGUGCCUUAAAAUCCACUCUCCUUCGUCAUGUGAAAGAGCGUCAUGUGCCAACAGCCUGUGAAGACAAACGAGUGUCUCGUAAAGCAGUAAGACUCCGAGAAGAGGAGGAGGAUGAAGAUGAAGAUGAUAUUGUGGAUGCUGGAGCCAUAGACGACCCUAACAAUGACAGCGAUUACAGCCCAGGAAAAGAUGUCACCCAUAGUCGCCAUUUUGAGGGUGGUGAUGGGGCUUUGGUUAAAGAGAGGCCGUGUAGACGACGUGGACGACCACGUAAGAUUCCACGCAUACAAGGACCCGAACAAGACAGCGGUCCACCAAUACUUGUAGUUGAGAGCGAACCUGAAAUUCUUGUUGUUCUGUCUGAUACUGAAAACAAAGAAGUCUCAAUCAUCCCUCCUAAGGAGGAACCGAAAAUACCCGCUAGGCGACGUGGGCGCCCACCCAAACACCUCAUGGGUAAAAAUUACCGUCGCUACAAAGGCCAGAGGCGUUAUAAAUCUCCAAGUAAGCCACUGCUCAGACCUUUCAUGUGCCGUAUCUGUGGCUCCCAUUUCCUCACACGGGAAGAUUAUAGCUUUCAUGUGAAUUCACACGAUGGCAAUGACCCCCAAACAUUCCAAUGCCAGCAGUGUAAUUACCAAUGCCGAAGAUGGUCUUCAUUAAAGGAGCACAUGUUUAACCACCAGGGAAAAAAGCCAUACAAAUGUGACCAGUGUGACUACACAAGUGUCUACAAAAAGGACGUGACGAGACACUCUGUUGUGCAUAAGCGGGAUCGCGCCAGAAAAGAGGAGGAAAUUACAAAAAAAUGCACUUAUCCGUGUCCUAUCUGUAAUCGGGUAUAUAAUUUGCAGAAGAGGCUGACACAGCAUUUGAAAUCACACAGCAAUGACAAGCCACACAUGUGUGACAAGUGUGGUAAAGCCUUUAAGAAGCGAUACACCUUUAAGAUGCACCUUUUGACUCACCUGGAAUGUGUGGAAGAGAACAGGUACAAGUGUGAGUUCUGUGAAUACGUGAGCGAAGAUCGAAAACAGCUACUGAAUCACCAGCUCACCCACAUGAAUGACACGCCGUUUAACUGCAAUCAGUGCCAAUAUCGUACAUUAAGCCAGGACGCCCUACUUUCUCACCAGGCCAUCAAGCAUGCAGCUGGCAAACCCUUUGCUUGUGAAUACUGCCACUUCACCACAAAGCAUAUGAAGAACCUGAGUCUUCACGUCCGGAGUCGCCAUACUUACUUGUUUCAGGAGUGGUCGCAGCGCCAUACUGAGGAGACACGUUGUCGCCGCCGGCCAUAUUUUUCUCACCAGCAAAUUGAGCAACUGAAGCUGCAGCAGCAAGACCAAGCUGAAGCCCAGAACCCUUCGGAGCCCUAUGCAGAACUCACCUAUCACCUGCUACACCCACAAUCUCAGGAGGAAACGCAGGUAGAGGAUACACUGGAAGGUGCUACUAUCAUAUAUGAACAAGAUGGAGAAGGAGAUGAACUUGCAACUCAAGCUGCUCUCGAUCUCCUUUUGAACAUGAGUGCCCAGAGAGAUGUCAGUGGAGGACCACUAAAAGUGGCAGUGGUUAAAUCGAUGGACAACCAGCAAUCAGAGGUCACAUCACAGGAGCCUCACAUGGCUCAAGUGCUAACGCUGCACAUGGAUGACAGACAAGUCACGGACAUGCAAGAAGCAACUUAUGAAGAGUCUGCUGUGUCAGAGGCUGGCUAUGAAGGAGAAGUGCAGCAAAUCACUAUCAAUACAGCCUUCACCACUGCAGAAUACAGCCUUGUAAAUGCAGAGAGCAUGCAAGCACCACUAUGCAGAACUUCACAAAUACACCUGAGUGACAGUGGAAAGGAUGGGAAUACCCUCCAGAUCCUGAACAAGGCACCACAAGUCACUGAAAGCCAGGAUCAAGCUCUGCCUUUAGGUAAGAAGUACUCUUGCAAAAUUUGCAAGUGUACCUUCUGGGGCCGGGCAGAAAUGGAAAUUCACAAAAAGGCACAUAUUGAAGGGCGCGACGGGUUCAAAUGCCCAGAUUGCAAUUACACUGCAGACGAUUGGACUGAGGUCAGGGAUCACAUGUCUGUACACUUCAACCUCCGGCCUCACCGCUGCAAUCAGUGCAGUUUUGCCUCCAAAAAUAAGAAAGAUCUAAGUCGACAUUUAAUGACUCACGCUAACCUCAGGCCCCAUUUAUGUACUUUGUGUGGACAGAGGUUUUCCAGAAAAGGCCACCUAAAAUUCCAUAUUGAGCGGCUGCACACAGAAGUCAGUUUAGAGCAGCCUGAGCAAUCAGAACAUUCAUCUCUACCAGCCCUGGAUGAAGAGCACAUAUACCUAACCCAGGAGGAAACCAUGAGUACUCAGGAUGACACGGCUUAUAUUCAGGAAAUUACAACUGCCGAUGGACAGACCCUUCAGCAGCUGGUCACAUCGGACAGCCAGGUGCAGUAUAUUAUAUCACAGGAAGAUGUUCCUCAUCUAAUUCCCCAAGAGUAUGUUGUGCUCCAAGAAGGCCACCAUAUUCAGGUUCAGGAUGGACAGAUAACUCACAUUCAGUAUGAACCAGGAGGACCGUUCCUCCAGGACCCUCAGAUUCACUUUGUGCCCAUGUCAUCUUCGCAGCAGCUUCUCACGCAAGAGCAGCUUGAAGCGGCAGCCCGUUCUGCCGUUACAGCUGUGGCAGAUGCAGCAAUGGCUCAGACUGUGUAUACGGCGGAUACAGACUCGGCUCUUCAGCAGGAAAUACAGUAUGAUGUGAUCACUUUGGGAGAAUAAUCGCACCUACGGCUCACCUUUCUUGGUUCCCUCCUAUGUCACCACU